AUGACGGCCGGCAGCGCCGAAGCCAGCAGAGCCAUGAGAAAUCAGGAGCCUCUGGAGAAGAAGCCCCUGGGACCCGCCCCUCCUCCACGGAGGCACAGACGCAGGUUGAGGCGCAAGCCGCCGACCGAGGGGGCCGUGAAGGGACAGCUCCGGAUGCGCUCGCCUUCAGGGGCCUUCGUGAUGGUGGGUGUCUCCGUCGUCUUGGUCGGCAUGACGAUCGCCGUUGUGGGCUACUGGCCUCACCGGGGCCCACACGCAGCCGGGCCCGGGGCCAGGCUGGGUAACUCCAGCGGCAUGGGGGACAUGAAGAAGGAAGUGAAGGUCUCUGCCCAGGCCCGCUACUUCCCUCACAGUGAGAAGCUGAAGCUGAUUGGCCCCGUCAUCAUGGGCGUCGGCCUCUUCAUUGUCAUCUGCGCCAACACCAUGCUGUACGAGAACAGGGACAUGGAGACCCGCCUGUUGAUGCAGAAAGGCCUCUACUCCAUGACCCCGGGCCUCCUCCAGGACUUCAGCCAGGAGGACAAGUACUGCCAGAGGACGACUAGCUUGCCCCUCCUCAAGGCCAAUGCCGAGUGUGUCGAGGGCUGUUACGAGGUGGAUCUCUCCUCCAGCGGCUUCCAAUCCUGUUCCAGUCCCAGGAACAAAUGGGCCGACUGCUACGGGCACAACAGGCUCCAGACGACAGCCCAGCUGCUCCAUCACAAAGGGGUUUCCCCCUCCAUGUCCCUCCUCAGCGUCCGCUCAGACUCUGGCAACUCCAUGGAGGGGAACCUCAAUCUGUCCUUCACCCGCGGGGCCGAGUCUGUAAUUUCCUUGGCUGCCACCGCCCGGUCACUUCCCAUCAUCAAGGUGAACAACUGCCUCAUUGAGAAGCCAUCUGCAUCUCCGGGGGCGGGCGACGAGGGGGGGAUCAGCCUGGCAGGGACGCCGGAUGAGGCACCAAGGCUCUCCUGGACUCUCCCACCCAGGGUCGGCAGUGUCUCCCCCAGAGGAGAUGACCUCCAGGGUGGCCAUGUUGUUAUUAACAUAGGCAGCAGGCCUCCGUCCGUCGCUGCUGGCGAGACGUACCUGGACCCAGAAGGCACCGAGAACGACUUCAACUCAGACGUUCAGCUCCACAAUCCGGGUCACUCCAAGUCGCUGGACCUUGGCAGCCCGGGCGUGCUGCUGGUGGCGCCCAUCAAAGACCGGAAGAACAGGAGCUGGCCUAGACUUGACCACAUCAGCCUGGUAGGCUACGCCAAACUGGAAAGCACGGGCGAGUCCUCCGACAGGCUAUUGGAGCAGACAGAUCAGCAGGGCAGGGACGAGCCCAGCCCCAGCACCCAGGAGGUGGGAACAGAGAUGGGUUCAUGGGUCUGA